AGGAGAGGGAUCUUCUCAGUCCAUAUUAUCUACAUACCUGCAUUGUGAUGCACCAGCAACCAGAACCCCAUUCCAUGGCUACAGACAGUGUCUACGUUCUCUUCUACUUAUUGGCCUUCCUAUGCAUUCAACUGAUAAAACCCAACGUCUGCGACGGAGCUCUAACCUCAGGCUGCAUCCCUGCCGAAAGAAGUGCUCUACUUGAGUUCAAACGAGGCCUGAAAGAUCCUACCAACAGGCUGUCCUCUUGGGUGGGUGAAGACUGCUGCAAAUGGGAGGGUGUGACUUGCAGCAAUCAUACUGGGCAUGUCGUCAAGCUGGACCUCCACAAUCCGCCUCCUUUAUCUUAUGUUGGUGGCGAGGCAUACAACAACUGGACCUUAGGAGGUGAGUUGAGGCCUUCUUUACUUGGUCUGAAGCACCUAAAGUACCUGGACCUAAGCAUGAACAAUUUUGGAGGCAUUAGUAUUCCAGAAUUCAUGGGGUCAUUCCAUAAUCUCCAAUAUCUUAUCCUCUCCAGUGCUGGAUUGGGUGGACUCCUACCUCACCAGCUGGGAAAUCUCUCCAAUCUGCAGUAUCUAGACUUAUACAAUGACAUUUUUGUGGCUCCGGUCCAUGAAUUUAGCAUUGGUGAUGCACUCUGGAUUUCUCACCUUUCUUCUCUAAAGCAUCUCAACCUGAACAGUGUUAACUUUCAAAAUGGUACUCACUGGCUGGAAGCUCUGAACAUGCUUCCUUCUAUUGUGGAGAUAUACUUAUCUGACUGUGCAAUUCAAAGUGUUCCCCUCUCUCUUCCACAUGUGAACUUUACAUCACUGUCUGUUCUUGAUUUGUCGGAUAAUCUCAUUAACUCUACGAUGCCCUCUUGGUUAUCCAACAUAAGUGGCCUUGAGCACCUUGAUCUCAGUUACAACAACCUUCAGGGUAAUAUUCCACCGACCUUUGGUAACUUGGCUUCCCUCGAGGAACUUAAUUUUAAUAACAAUUCUCUUCAAGGAGGAAUACCCACUUCCUUCAAAAAUCUGUGCAGGCUGCAGAAUUUAAUAUUGAGAGCCAUCGAUAUCAGCAAAGAUUUGUUAGAACUCGAUGAAAUUUUCUCUGGUUGCAUCAAGAUGAGCUUAGAGAGCCUGGACUUAUCCGAAACGAAUAUUCGUGGGCAGCUGCCUGAAUGGUUAUUCCAACUCAGGAAGCUUAAAUCACUCCAGUUGGAGCAGAAUCUGAUUUCUGGUCCUAUUCCUGUAUCAAUUGGACAACUAGCAUCACUCCAAGAGCUCUAUCUUGGGGUAAAUCAGUUGAACGAAACAAUACCAGAAAGUGUCUGGUGGCUAUCUCAGCUAGUCGUUUUGGACCUUGGGCACAACAAUUUGGAGGGUGUAAUGUCUGAGGCGCAUUUUGGAAACCUCACAGAAUUGAAAUACUUAAUUUUGUCGUCCAACUCCUUGGCUCUGAAGGUCAAGAGCAAUUGGAUUCCUCCCUUCCUGCUUGAAUUCCUUUGGAUGGGCUCUUGCAAACUGGGUCCUGAGUUCCCUGCAUGGCUCCAGUCGCAAAUAAAUAUUUUCGAAAUUGAUAUGUCUAAUGCUAGUAUUAUUGAUGCUAUGCCAAACUGGUUUUGGAGCUUAAUUUCCACAGCAGGAUCCGUGAGUAUCUCCGGCAAUCAGAUCAGUGGCCACGUACCAAAUUUAUUGCAUUUAAACAACCUCAUCGAGUUGGAUUUAAGUUCAAACUACUUCGAGGGUCCUCUUCCGUAUUUUCCUCCUGGAUUGGAAUUAUUAGAUCUGUCAAAUAAUUCAUUCUCGGGAACACUUGACAUCAUCAUGAAUAUGCCUUACCUCACAUAUUUAUCGCUUUCAAAAAAUAAUUUAAGUGGCCAAAUUCCCUUCUCUGUAUGCCAACUGCAGGCCUUACAGGUUCUUGAUCUUUCAAAAAAUACGUUAUCAGGAGUGCUCCCCAAUUGUUGGAAUAAUUCUUCAAGUAUUGUAGUUAUGGAUUUUUCAAGCAAAAACAUAUCUGGAGUUAUUCCUAAGUCAAUAUGUUCCAUAGCAUCGCUUCAGUCGUUGCACUUGAACAAUAAUAGUCUAUAUGAAGAGUUGCCCCUGUCCUUGAAAGAUUGUACGAAAUUAGUCAUUCUUGAUGCUGGACAUAAUGAUUUGAAAGGUGAAAUUCCAACUUGGAUUGGCGAAAGUUUAACUAGUCUGAGGUUCCUCAAUCUACGAUCAAAUAUGUUGGACGGAGAUAUUCCUCCAAAUCUUUCAAAAUUAAGUGCUCUCCAAUUUCUCGACCUUGCAGAUAAUAAGCUGUCGGGAACUAUUCCAAGGAGCUUUGGAAAUUUUACUGCCAUGAAAGUUAUUGGAAAGUUUUCCAGUAGGAUGACAGAUGCAACAAGUUACGAGGAGCAGAUGCUAGUAACAACUAAAGGACAAACUCAAGACUAUGAGAAGUCACUUUCGCUUAUGAAUAUUUUAGACCUAUCGGAUAAUAACUUAUCUGGAGAAGUACUCGAAGAACUUGUGAGUCUUUCUGGCUUAUUCAGUUUAAAUUUAUCUGGAAACUAUUUCACAGGAGAAAUCAUUGAAAAUAUCAGUAAAUUACAACAGUUGGAGUCCCUUGACUUAUCAAGGAACAACUUUUUUGGCACAAUUCCUUCAAGCCUUGCUUCCCUGACUUAUUUAGCUCACUUGAACCUCUCAUACAACAACUUGUCAGGGGAAAUUCCACGUGGUAAUCAACUUUUAACCUUCAAUGAUCCAUCUAUCUAUAUUGGCAAUCCUGGUCUUUGUGGGCUUCCUCUGAAUCAAAGUUGCAAUGUCAGUGAGACAACACGAGGUCAAAGUAAUCCAGAUGAUAGAGAUGAGAAUGAGAUGAUAUGGUUCUACACGAGCAUGGCACCAGGAUUUGUUGUUGGUUUCUGGGCAGUCUGGGGUACCUUAAUACUUAACAAGAAUUGGAACCUUUAUUACUUCCGAUUUAUAGACAACAUGUUUGACAAAGUAUAUGUGUUUACCAUACUGAAAGUUUCUAGGAUCAGAAAACGUUAUUGUUCCCAACAAGGAUGAUAAAUUUGAACAUCAAUAUCUGCUGUAUGAGAGUUCAUCUCAUUAAUAUCAUAUCGUCAGCUUGAAUAAAUUUUUUACUUCUGAAUACUUCUGGACUUGUAUACAAGAAAGUCAUGCACUUUCAAUUUUGAUCAUUUCUGUCAAGAUCUCGGUACCAUAUGAAGUGUUAUGGGGAUUGCCAGAAAGCUUUCACCUUUUAAUUAGUUUUUCUAAAAUAGACACCCCUUUUUUAGUUGUUCAAUUUGGCAUAAAUGAAAGGAGGUUAAAACUUUUACCAAGAUAUAGAUAAAAUUUAUGGUUUUAUUUUCUUUCCUUUUUCUUUUGAUGUCCAAACCAGAAGUUUAAAAGAUCCCUUUUUUUUUUCUCAGUUUAUAGUAUCUACUUUCAUCCUCUAUUUUCCCAAGUUUAUGGUAUCUACUUUCAUCAAAUGCAUUUGCAUGUCUUCUUCUUCCCAAGCAUUACACGUCAAAACUGACACAAUUGCAAUCACAAGCUCUUUUGUAAAAGAUUUGCCAUCUUAUUCGAUUAAUUUGACUCUUAAUGAACUUAUGCAUAGAUGUUUUAUAUCAUACAUUACUCUUGUUUAUGAUCUACUCAUGUAAUGCUCCUCUCGUUUGGGAUUCUUGUCUUCAUCAAUCAAAUACAAAUUGGAUGCAUCAUAAGCUCAAGUCCACCAGAUGUGCAGCUGCAUGAUCUUCUUGGAUCUCAUGCUCAGAUCUUUUCAGUUGAUGAGUCGCCCAUUAAUGGCGGACAUGCUGCUGCAGCUGAUGGAAUUGGGCCGAAGAGGCUUUCACAUGCAUGUCAGUGUGACAAGGAUGAUAUGUGCACGCAAGGAUGAUAUAUGCAACUUGAUGUAGUUUUUGAUGGUCAUUGGUUUCUUGCUCGGAACGAAUUCUUGAAGCUAAUGAAGUGUAUUUUCCUUCAUCGUUCUCGACUUAAUCCUUUGUUUUCUGUCAAGUCAAAUGAGAUGGACAGAUCAAUUAGCCCCCAGAUUGGACAACUAUCAUCAUAUUGUAUCUGCUGAUGGUGCUGAUGCCUCGAGUGUUAGGAGUUUUUGUAGUUUGUGGGGGAAGAAAACUUUUUCUCUGCGAGUGUGGGUGGUGAUGAUUGAUGAUGAUCAUCAUCUGUUGUAUGGCUUCCGAUGCAGGAUGCCAGGGGAAAUGAUGUGGAUCUUAGCAUUUAAAAAGGGAAGGUCUUGCUGAUUGUCAAUGUUGCAUCUCAAUGUGGGCUGACUAACUCAAACAACAUGGAACUGACUCAGCUAUAUGAGAAGUAAAAGGACAAAGAUUUUGAGAUUCUGGCUUUUCCAUGCAACCAAUUUGCUGGGCAAGAACCAAUGAGGAGAUUGUUGAGUUUGCUUGCACUCGAUUCAAAGCUGAAUAUCCGAUAUUUGACAAGGGAUCAACAUCAACCAUUGCAUUCCGAUCUCGGGCCAAUGCAUAUUGACAAACCAAACACCAGCAUUCAUCAUUCGAUAGUCCCUCCAAAUGGUAAGGGGGUGAGGUUGCCAUGAAGUUAGCAUCUUCUUCGAUUCUGGUGGUCACUAUUAUUUUACUUCCUUGAGCACCGGAGUACAAGAAGUUUUUUAUCCUCUCCCAGUCCUGUGGGCUCAUAUGCCAAACAUCAUCCAGAACAAGCAGACUCAUCAUUGCAGACUAGUCGAGAAAGAGAGAGUCGUCUUCCCGAUACCAGGCAUCCCAAAGAAAGGAAUCACUGUGAUGCUACGGUCAGUCACCUCAGCCAAUGGCAGCAACAUAUUUUUUAUCUUUCGCAUAUCACUCUCACGACCGAGAACCAGGGAAGGAGUUAGCGAGGUGGUCUGAUAACUCUGCUGCCUCAGGGGUGCACUGCGCUGAGUCAAUUCAGAUAAGGGGCAUCUCCUUGCUAUGGAAUCUAGUCUGUGUUCUCUGUCCUUUACCCUGAUGCAUAUUUCUCGAUUGAACAGUUCGCGCUUAGGGUUUAUGGGGGCCAAGAAAUUGCGCACCGAAGCAUAUUUGAUCAGCUGACGGCGUUGGCGUUCGGUUGCCACCUCGUCCAAGAUAUCAUUUGCAUCAUAUGCAGCCUGGCUGAGCUCAUUCAGCAAAUGCUUCACCGCGUUCCUAAUCUGUUGCCUCUCCUCUGCAUCAUUCAGUACAGCUUGAAUCAUGGCGACGGAGCUCUGCAGCUUUUUUAGUUCAGCAUCAAGGCCCUAGGCUGUUUGCCGUUCCUGCCACAGUUGAACCAAAUUGGAAGCCAACAGUGGUAUGACACCCGAGUGAAGCUCCAUUGAGGAACGUUUCUGAGAAGCUUCUGAAAAAGAAAAAGAUACAAGAUAACUGAGAAAAAAGAUUUAGGGCUUUUGUUAGAACUGUUGUAUGACAGCCAACAGAAUUCUGGGCUUGUGAGGAGAUGGUAGCUGAGCAAUCACACAUUGUGAAGGUGUGGUUAGAACUGCUUUGCCAUUAAGAUGGAGUUUUGGAGUGCUAUUUUACAGAGUGCUCAGAUUGCCAUUAGCUGAGCAAUCUCCUUGAAUCUUUAUCAUAUAAGGGAGUGCUCAGAGUGUCGCGAUGCUGGUACUAAGGGUUAACUGGUCUAUCAAUUUUAUUAAAUUCAAAUUAUUUAUCAAAAUAUUUAAAUAAAAUUUAUAUUAGUACUUCCAUUAAUCUCUGUAAGUCUAUCUUAGUCUUGUCUAAUUCCGACGUGGGAUUAAUAGGGAUAUUACAAGCUCCCGCACUUAAGUCUUAGAUGAUCAUGUUUUUCUUCCUUUUAGUUAGCAAGUUCUUUGAAGAUAAAAGGAAACAGAAAAUUGAGUUUGAUAGCGUUUUAGAAUGCAGGGACUUGAGAAAAGAGGAAUGGUGGCAACAGAUUCUGAUCACAACCUAAGAUUCAGAGAUGAUGCAACCUUGCUGUUGCAAUUGUAGAUGAGCAACUUGCUGCUUUUGUUCGCAAUCGUCAGUCUUCCUUGGUCUUUCAAUAUGGUCUUUCUAUUGAACAGUAUAAGGAAGCAACUUGGCUUUGUUAGCUGGAAUUUAAGGUCUUCCUUCCUCUUGUUCUGCUCGGUUGCAUUGUCAUGUCAAUUUCCAGGAGAGUUUCCCAGCGACUGCUGAUCGCUAUCUUUUUGGUGACAACAAAUCUUGUCUUUCUCUUAUUCGUGUUAAUAAUGGUUGUCUGAUAGCUACAAAUUUCUCCUAUUUAGCAGUUCUCAGGAAAUUCUCAAAACCUUCACAUUCAAGAAGAUGCUGGAGUCUUUAGAUGAAAGCUAUUCCAACUUUGGGACUCGUCAAAAUCAGAAGUCAUAGUUGACUGACUUGAGGAUAGACAACAAUAUGAAAUGAAGAACAAGUGCAUGAUAUUGGCAGACAGCCUAAUCGUUGAAGGUUUCUUGGUCUACUCUUUGAAUCCGUCAGUUGAGUAGUUUCAGACUAACGGAGGAUGAUCCAAACAGGGCAUGGUAAUAAUAUUUUGUGUAUUGCAAGCUGUCGACCGCAGAUUUGUCAUGAUUAAUCUUAAGAUAAGCUGCGUAUUUUUAUUAUCUGUAAUCUAAGAUAAUUGUGUUGGUGUGAGAUGAUCCACUUUGAUCAUGUAUACAAUUUUCCUCCCAAUUGAUGGAAUCAUGGUUGUGGUAAUAA